GAUACCCCCCCACCACGGAAAAUGCUUCGAUUGACUUCAAUCGCUGCUCCUUCGCGACUCCGAGUCGCAAGGUCUACUCCUGCUGCCGUCAGGGCAUACGCUACUCAAAUCCCCGUACCACCAAACCCAGCCGGUGAGCAGAAGGUCCCCGAUGUUCCCAAGAUCGAGCUCGAGACCACCGCUGCUGGUGAUGUUACUAUUUCUCAGCCCACCAUUGCUACUAGCUCUGCAGUGAUCCCGGACGUUUCGUACCCCGAGCAGGACUCCUUCGUGUCCAUGGACCGUAUUCCUUCGAUCCCGGUUGUUUCGCCCGAUGUUUGGGCUGCUGCUACUCAGGCUGCCGCUGCUCGUACGGUUAAGCCCACUCCCUCCACAACCAUCACUCCCGUCACCCCCACCGGAUCGAACCUUCGCUCCGGCCACGCUCUUCCCGCAGAACCCGUCAUCAAGACUUCGCCCGUUUCCCCCGUCGCCGAGCCUACGACCGCCCCUGUCCUUCCACCCGUCGGACCCAAGAAGAGCCGUUUCAGCCGUGCUCUCUUCUGGCUCCUGCUUUUGGGAUCGACCGGAUACGCUGGUGGAAUCUACUACUCCCUCCAGAACGACAACUUCUCCGACUUCUUCGCCGAGCACGUCCCCCUUGCCGAGGACAUCAUCACCUACAUCGAGGAGCAGGAGUUCAAGAGGCGAUUCCCUAAUGCUGGACGUCGUGUUCUUCCGGCGCCUGCGGCUCAGACUUCCGGCAAUGUCCCCUCAACUUUCGUCCCCGCUGGUGUCGCGCAUGGAUCGGACUUAACUAACAUGGAGGGUCCUCACCAGGCUGCCACGAAGAAGGCCGGGGAGCAGCAGAUUCAGGAGGCGAAGGCCCCUGAGCCUAUCAAGCCCACUGAGCCUGUCGUUCCUGUUGCCCCCAAGGUCGAGGAGAAGCAGCCCGAGCCUCCUGUACAGCAGCGACGUCUUCUCGAUUUGGAGCCGGCCCCUGCUGCCGCGCCAGCACCUGUCGUGAAGGCUCCCGAGCCCGUUGCUGCUCCUGCUCCUGCCCCUGUCGCCGCUCCCGAGCCCGUCGUCACUAAGCCCAAGCCCACCCCCGUCGACGCCUUCGAGACCGGCUCCCUCGCCGAUCCCGUCGUCGGAUCCCUCGCUGAAGCUGUCAAUGGCGUCAUCUCCGCCGCAAACGAAGGCGACGCGGUCGACGCCCUCCGUCCCAACCUCGAAGCCGCGAAAGCCGAGCUCGCAGCCUUGAACACCAAGCUCGCCGAACUCCACAAGGAGGCGGAGGCUGAGCUCGAGCGUCGCUUGACGGAACAAGGAAGGCAGUUUGCUGCGCUUGCUCAAGAGCAGCAGCAGCAGGUUCGGGCCGCGUUUGAGGCUCAGGAGAUGCAGUGGCGUGAGCAGUUUGAGCUCGAGAGGGAGAAUUUGACAAAGUUGUAUACCGAGCGUUUGAACACUGAGCUCAACACCCAAGCUCAGCUUGCUGAGCAGAAGACGCGUAAUGAGUUGGUCGAGCAGAACAUCGAGAUGCAGAGACGCUGGAUCCGCGAGAUCAAGGCUCGUGUCGAGGAAGAGCGCGGUGGCCGCCUCGGACGUCUCGAAGCGUUGCAGACGAAGGUUAAGCAACUCGAGGCUCUGACGGCUGACUCUGCAGACUUCAUUGAGGCGGGUGUGAGGGCGCAGAAGUUGCACGUUGCUGUUCAGGCUGUUAAGGCUGCUGUCGAGGCUCCCCGUCCACGAAGCAUCGCGAAGGAGUUGGCGGCGUUGAAGGAGGUUGCUGGGAAUGAUGAGGUUGUUAAGGCCGCUAUUAGCACGAUCGAUCCCGCGACGUACGAGCGCGGACAUGCCUCCAUCGCACAACUCGCCGACCGCUUCCAGCUUGUUGCGAACGAAGUCCGUAAAGUCUCUCUCCUCCCCGAGAACGCGGGUGUUGCUGGCCACGCCGCUUCAUGGUUGGUAUCCAAGUUCAUGUUGAGGAAGACUGGCAUGCCGGUUGGUAAUGAUGUCGAGAGUAUCCUGGCAAGGGCUGAGACGUAUUUGGAGGAGGGAAGUUUGGAUCAGGCUGCAAGGGAGAUCAACCAGUUGAGGGGAUGGCCGAAGAGGUUGGUGAGUGAUUGGUUGGAGCAGGCGAGGAGGCAUUUGGAGGUGAAGCAGGCUGUUGAGGUCAUUGAGUUGCAGGCUGUUUUGGAGAGUUUGAACGUUGCAUGAGGAGGAGGCAACGUGAGGAGGGUGGUGGUGAAAGAGUGG